GAGAGAGAGAGAGAGAGAGAGAGAGAGAGAGAGAGAGAGAGUAAAAAAGAACUUCACGAGAAUGCGACCUAAGGCAUUUAAUGCAGACCCAACAACAGGUGGUUUUUUUUGGUCCAUUUUGGGUUUCUUUCAAUGUAUCUCUUAUAAAUAGCAGAGUUUUUGAGUUGGUGUGUGGACGAAAAACAAAUUGCAAGAGCUUGAGAACAGAAAACAAUAAAACAAAAAGAAGAAAACCAUGUCUCACAUAGCUGUGGAGAGAAACAGAAGAAAGCAGAUGAACGAACAUCUCAAAGUCUUACGCUCUUUAACCCCUUGUUUCUACAUCAAAAGGGGAGACCAAGCAUCAAUCAUAGGAGGUGUGAUAGAAUUCAUCAAGGAAUUGCAUCAAGUUUUACAGUCUUUGGAAUCUAAUAAACGGAGGAAGAGCCUUAGCCCUAGCCCUAAUCCAAGCCCGAAGCCAGUAGUAUUGCCUCAGCAAUAUCCAUCUACUCCCCAACUUGAUCAAAACACUAAUUUCAAUUUUAAUUUAGGGGUAGACAAUCACCAUCAUGUGAUCAAUAAGGAACUAGCUAUAGGAGCUUGUUGUAACUCUCCAGUGGCAGAUGUCGAAGCGAAGAUCUCGGGGUCCAAUGUGGUGUUGAAGAUAAUAUCUCGGAGAACAUCUGGUCAAAUUGCCAAGAUAAUUGGUGUGCUGGAGAGGCUUUCAUUUGAGGUCCUUCAUCUCAACAUCAGCAGCAUGGAAGACACUGUUUUAUACUCUUUUGUAAUCAAGAUAGGACUGGAGUGUCAGCUGAGCGUGGAGGAACUGGUGCUUGAAGUUCAACAAAGUUUGCGCUCAGAAAGCACUACUUGAACAGAUACAUGCAAAGUUUGCUCGAGUGGCGAUCAAGUGCUGAAGUUAAUUUGAUAUAUGGUUUUAUUAUAAUAUAUAUGCA